UGCUGCACAGACUGUCACCCUGCCUUGCCAAACAGCUCUCCGAUGCUGGCAGCGACGGAGACCCGUGGAAUAGGAUGAAUCGGUGAAAGGAUGUUAAAGUGAAGAAGAAGAAAAAGAGGCGCUACGGAGGCCAGAAAGUCACAGAGGAACCAUGUCGGGAAUUAGGCGGCCUUCGGGCAACGGUAGGCUGGACUAGCGCGCGGUUCUUUCUACUUUUUUGGGAGUACUGCCCUCGCCUAACUUUUUUUGGGGACUCGGCGGACAUUUUUUUUUUCUGUCGCGAUGUGGAAAUUAUUCAACAUGCAAGCAUCCGCUUUGGACGCUCGUUAAACGGCAUUGCUGAAGGUUCGGCGUGGGCUCGGGUGUCAUUGUCGUUACGUGCGCGUGAGACAGAGCCAGCGCGCGCGCGCCCGCGUGUGUCACAACCAUGAGUCUCGUAUCGGGAUUCUCUCACCAUCCGGUUAUGCAUCACCACGACGGUCACCACUACUCCCUGCACGCGGCCGCGGCGGGUCGGUGUCACGAGGACACGGGGGCGCCUCCUUAUUUCACGAGCUGGCUUAUUAGUCACGCGGACGUGUCGCCCACCGAGUACGGCCUCGCUCCGGGCUACAGUCCAGAUUGCAAUGGUGGCGCCGGGACCGGAAGCGGCCCGGAUCCUCCUCCUCACCCGCACCACCAUCAUCAUCACCACUACGGACACGGUGCGUUGGUCCCCGGCGGGGCGGGCGCCAUCGCCGUGAACGGAGCCCAGGUGGGUAUGCAUCAUCAUCAUCAUCAUCUUCAUCACCACGCGCAUCCUCGGACGGUGAAGCGGAGACCGACCGCGAAUCGGAAAGAGAGGCGGAGGACCCAAAGUAUUAACUCGGCCUUCGCGGAACUGAGGGAGUGUAUCCCCAACGUCCCCGCCGAUACCAAGCUGUCCAAGAUCAAGACGCUUCGGUUGGCCACCAGCUACAUCUCCUACUUGAUGGACAUCCUGGAUAAGGACGGCCAGCACGGGGACACGCAGGCGUUCAAAGCCGAGUUGAAGAAGACGGAAGCGCGGGAGGAGCGGAGGAAGCGGGACGCGGUGGACAUCGCCAAGACAGCUGCAUCGUCAUCUUGCUCGUCGUCGUCGACGACGUCUUCCUCAUCGUCACUGGGCGACAAGAAGACAAAAGGGCGGACAGGAUGGCCCCAGCACGUCUGGGCUCUGGAACUCAAACAGUAGCCAGCUCCAUCCCCGCAGGUCGACUCUGCACUCCCCGUUCCGCAUUCGUAUGAACUAGCAAGUCAUCGUCACCUUUUAUGUGGAUGUGCGGACCUCGUUGAACACUCAUCCGUUGCCCUCAAGGAAAAGACGACCGUACAGAACAUUAAGGUGGUCUAUUAAUCCCCCGUCAUUGGUGGGUUGUUCUGUUUGCUAUCUCCACAUUUUCGAUCUGCAAAAAAUCUUAAAUCGUUUACCUCAGUUACCCAUUCGGUUAAACACUGCAAGUGGAAAUUUAGAUGCGACGUUUUGCCCACAAAUGCUCUCAAAUGUUGUUCUCUUUUAAGAAAUGAAAGUGAACACAAGUAGGCUACCUGAAGAUAUCCCAACCACUCAUCCUCUGGGCCACAGAUUUAUUCCCACAAGCAUUCUGUACAAAUGGAAGUCAGUUUGCGCUCAACUUUAUUUAACUCGAUAAAUAUAUAUUUAUGUGCAAUGGGGCCGUUUGGACGAUCUGAACUGCCAUUCAACUGAAUGCCAAAAGGCGUAUAAUAUUUCUCAUUACCACACUACAAGUUGUUUGUGAAGUCGUGCUGUCUACCUGCAUAUUUGUCUUUCUGGUUCUCUCUGGGCUGCGGUGUAAAUAUGUAUUGUGACGUCACUGUGAUGACAAGUGUCCGUUUUGUGAAGUGAAAAACGUGGUGGCAGUGUAAAUAAUAUCAAAUAUAGGCUGUAAUCUGUGUUAAGAAUUAAAUAAACCACCACUUGUUUACAUGGAAA